CCCGGGACUGAGCGGAGCCGGGACCGAGCGGGGCCCAGCCGAGCCGUGUCCGGAGCCGCGGCCCGAAAAGGCGGCCCGAUGGGGCUGCAGACGGAGCGUGCGGGCAGCGGGGGCUUCCUGAGCCAGCAGGAGCAGCAGCAGCAGCAGCAGGAGCAGGAGGAGGAGGAGGAGGAAGCGUGCGGCCGGGCCCGCGGGCCCGCACUCCUGGCCCCCCCGGCCCGGCCCGGCCCCGAGCGGGGACCCCGGCCCGCCUCCCCGCGGGACCCCCGAGGCCUCAACGCACACCUGCAGCUGGGGUUCGAGGACGUGAUAGCGGAGCCCCCGUCGGCCCACACCUUCGACUCCAUCUGGAUCUUCAGCCAUGCCUUCUUCGAGCUCAGCAAGUACAUAAUCUACAAGCUCCUGACCGUGGUGCUGGCCAUCCCUCUGGCCUUUGUGGCCGGGCUCGUCUUCGCCACCCUCAGCUGCCUGCACAUCUGGAUCGUGAUGCCUUUCGUAAAGACCUGCCUCAUGGUCCUGCCUUCCGUGCAGGCGGUGUGGAAGAGCGGGACCAGUGUCCUGGUGGCCCCGCUGUGUCAGAGCUUCGGCAAGAUCUUCUCCUCGGUCCGGCUGAGACUGGGCCCCAGUUGAAGGGCCCGGACCGACCGGCUGACCAGUCAGCUACGACAACUCUCCGUAGCAGCCGUGACCGAGGGGUUCCACUGGCCAUUCCUCAGACCUGCUCCUCCGAAGAGGGACUUUUUAAGUGGGAAAUUUUAUCUGGGACUUCUUCAAUAACUUUCUUUCAGGGCAACAACUUACCAGUCGCUCACCUGUAUUUCUCCUAGCACCCCACCCCAUUUUAGAUCGGGGUUCACUUCAGAUUUCCAGACUGAGGAUGACCUGUUCAUAAAACACCCCAGCAAAUAGACCAAAGCAGUCCAUGGUUUAAAUGCUAUGUGAUGAGGAAGUGUUUCGGGGAGGGAUUUUUCAGACGACCGUGGCCGUGAUGUGAACAACUUCUGUUAGACAUUCAGCCGUCCUUGCACAAGAUAUCUGGAGCCUUAUUGUUUACUGCCUGCUUUUACUGUUAAAACACUUGUUGCUAAGUAAGGUGGUGGUGAAGGUUGCCAAAGUGAAUAAACGCUUCCACACCAAUCUGAAACAGAGUCCUUCAAAUAUGGUAUUGCCCGAUGCCAGAGCUUCAGAGUUCAUCUGCCAGCCUUUUUUAAUCAAAAGCUCCCCCAGUGAAUAUUUUCUGUGGCUUUCUCGGUUUUUCUGAAAGGAAUUCGAGUGUGUCAGCGACCCCGCGGCCCUGUUACACUGAACUUGGUGGGCAGGGUACAGCAGAAAGUGAAAAUCAGAGGUGAGAGAUUGAUCUGCCUUGAUUCUACAAAUCUGUUAAACAUUUAACAGAUUUAAAUUUAACGGAUUUAAAUUCAAACAGAUUUAAAGCAACAAAACAUUUGAUGAUGUAGUUUUAUAUCUCAAUCUGAUAAAAGAGAUCAGAAACUUUUUUCCUACAGACUGUGCCCCCAGAAGAGUCCGUUUAUUCCCAGCCUCAGUGUAAUAUUUAAAAUGACGUGUACCCCAAUCACCCUUUGACAACCGGGACUCAUUCUCCCUUACUUUCAGGAGUCCAACAGGCUUUGAACAUUCCUCAGCCUUCUUCCCCUUACAGUGGAAUGACUUGGAUAGGUGCUAUUUUAUACUUCCUCUUCUACUGAGCUGUCAUUGAAGCUCCAUUGCACUAGCUAGUCGCGCAGUUUUAAUGGUGAUUUGAGAACGCCAAGGUAUCAGACGGUGAUGUUGACAGGCCACUACCUUACAUAUUGCUUUUUUGAAGAAUCUGAUGAACGGCUGUAGAUUGUUUUCUCUCUAUUUCAGAAUGUCCUUUUGUGGACAGAUUUCUCUUUCCCUCUGUGAGCUAUGCAAUUGAAAUUAUACGCUACGGUGUGGGAUGUUUUCUUCUUAGAGCUAUGCUCUAUUCCAAAGCAACAGGAGCAUAUUUAAGGGUCUCAAAAUUGUCAGGAAAUACUUAGAGUUCUAAAUGAGGACAUUCAACGGUGGUGACAGUGAAAAUAUUAGCUUUAGUCCUAUGAUGAUAUUUAACUUAUUAGAGUAUUUUCCCAAUCCUUCAGAGAGAGGUUUGGCAAGUUCAAAAGUGAGAUGUCUUUUUUUCUGUAAUCCUCACAGCAGGGUAUUUGUUAUUGAACCACAUUGUGGCACACUGACUAACAGAGGCUAAUUAGCAAACAAAAUUGCCUUAAUUAACUAUUUUCCUAAUAAAAUGAAUAGCUUCCAAAGCUUGUUUUGGUUGGGAUUAUUUUGUUAAAUGCUGUACUGUCUAAAUGGAAAUUUUGUGUUAUGUAUGUCAGGUGGUUUCCCCUGCCAACAGCCUGCUCUUGACUUCCGAGCCUAUAAUAAACAGAAAAACCUCAGAAA